AACGGAGAGUGAAAAUAAAGUUAGCCAUAUGCCCUACACUACAUUUACAUUUAAGUCAUUUGGCAGACGCUCUUAUCCAGAGCGACUUACAAAUUGGUGAAUUCACCUUAUGACAUCUACACUACUGAUCAAGGCUGCGUUCUCUGCUGCCUGUGACUGGAACGAAUUGCAAACAUCAUUGAGGUUGGAGACUUUUAUCUCCCUCACCAACUUCAAACAUCUGCUAUCUGAGCAGCUAACCGAUCGCUGCAGCUGUACAUAGUCUAUCGGUAAAUAUCCCACCCAAUUUACCUACCUCAUCCCCAUACUGUGUUUAUUUAUUUACUUUUCUGCUCUUUUGCACACCAAUAUCUCUACCUGUACAUGACCAUCUGAUCAUUUAUCACUCCCGUGUUAAACUACUAAAUUGUAAUUAUUCUCCUACCUCCUCAUGCCUUUUGCACACUAUGUAUAUAGACUCUUUUUUUUAUGUUAAUUUUUUUCUUCCUACUGUGUUAUUGACUUGUUUAUUGUUUACUCCAUGUGUAACUCUGUGUUGAUUUCUGUUCACACUGCUAUGCUUUAUCUUGGCCAGGUCGCAGUUGCAAAUGAGAACUUGUUCUCAACUUGCCUACUUGGUUAAAUAAAGGUGAAAUAAAAUAAAAAUGCGCAGUUCGGCCCGAGAGACCAUUAACCCCGAUUACGUGUUUCUACGCACGAGUCGCCAUGACAUCACCUACAAGUGUGAGCGAGGAUUUCUUUUGAUGAAGCAGUUUUAGUCUGUCUUCAUACUGCGCUGUCUUUGGUAGAACGGACAUUGCUCCAUGUACAAGGCUACUUCACCACAAGAGGGCACCAUUCUCUAACUAUUUACCAAUUUCUGUUUCAUACUUCCCAAAGUUGAUAACUAUCCUAUUACAGUUGUUUUUCAUGCUGUAAAUUCAGCAAGAUAUCAUCUGAACUGAAUCAUAAUAAAAUAUAAUAAUCUUUAAAUUUGUAAAUUAUGAUAUCUUGAUUCAGUUCAGUUUUAUUGAUUGGUGACUGAUAACUCAGGGGUGGCCAGCCAACAUACAUUACUAUAUUUAUUAACUGGGAAGUGUAUGCAAUAAUAAGCAGAAUAUAAUUGAACUAUUCUAAAUAUACAGUACAUGUACUAAAAUACAUUAAGCCUACAGGUCAGUUCAUCUUGAUACUUCAAAACUCCUAAGAACUUCACAAAUCCAGUGUGUGGGUCUUCCAGUGAGUUGGAGAUGAUUGAGGAACCAUGGCACAGUUUGAAACCUUGACAUGGACUAUGACUAUAACUUUGAUACUUCUAAACAUUGAACCCUGUUCCACAUAUGAUCCAGCCAUCUAUGAAAUAGGUGAUGUAUAUUGCAGAAUGUGUAGGCCUGGAUAUCAUGUACAUAGUCAUUGUACUACAUCUACAUUCACCUCCUGUGUGCCCUGUAAUAUCUCCACCUUCCUUGAUGAGCCCAGUGAUAAAACAACAUGCAACAACUGUACCACAUGUGAUCCAGGUUUGGGUUUGAAGGUAAAGCAGCCAUGUACACCUUCAUCAGACACUGUCUGUGGGACACUGGAGGGGUUCUACUGUCUAGACCAAACUAAGGAUGGUUGUAGAGCAGCCCAGAGACACAGCAGCUGUAAACCUGGUCAAUACAUCAACCACACAGGAACAACAUCUACAGAUACUGUGUGUUCUGACUGUACUGGUGACACCUAUUCAAAUGGAUCAUUUACAGCCUGCCAGCCACACACACAAUGUGAUACCUUGAAGCUUCAGCAAAUUAAAUCUGGAACUCAUUGGUCCGACGCUGAAUGUGGACCACAAAUCUCACAUAUAGCUACAUUAAUAUUUGCUGUGGUGGCGGGGGUACUCGCUGUGAUAGCAGCCUUGACGACGGCAGCUAUUAUGAAAAGAAGAAGAGAACACCAAAGAUUCUAGAACUCGUGAGAUUAUUUUGGGGGAAUUGUACAUUUAUUGUUUAAGUGAGAAAUAUCAAAUAUCACUAAAUCAAAUGUUAUUUUGUCACAUGCGGCGAAUACAACAGGUGUAACUAACGAGCCCUGCCAGACGAUGCAGGUAAAAAAAUAAAUACAAAUAGUAACACGAGGAUUCAAAUAAAACACACAAGAACGGAGCGACAGUACCAGUCAAUUUGACACCUUCUCAUUCCAGUGUUUCUUUAUUUUUACUAUGUUCUACAUUGUACAAUAAGUGAAGACAUCAACAUUAUGAAAUAACACAUAUGCAAUCAUGUAGUAAAGCAAAAAAGUGUUAAACAAAUCCAAAUAUAUUUGAUAUUCUUCAAAGUAGCCAUCCUUUGCAUUGAUAACAGCUUUGCACACUCUUGGCAUUCUCUCAACCAGCCCCAAGCCAUAAGAUUGCUGAACAAUUCAUAAAAUCGCCACCGGACAAUUUACAUUGAUUUGAUGUAAUAGUCACCUGGAAUGCUUUUCGAUUAACAGGUGUGCCUUGUUAAAAGUUCAUUUAAUUUAAGUUCACUUAAUGCGUUUGAGCCAAUCAGUUGUGUUGUGGUUGGGGUGGUAUACAGAAGAAAGCCCUAUUUGGAAAAACACAAAGUCCAUAUUAUGGCAAGAACAGCUCAAAUAAGCAAAGAAAAGGGACAUUAAGACAUGAAGGUCAGUCAUUCUGGAAAAGUAUCGUCAUUCCCAAGGAGACUCGAUGCUGUAAUCACUGCCAAAGGUGCUUCAAAGUACUGAGUAAAUGGUCUGAAUACUUAUGUAAAUGUUUUUUUAUUUUUAAUACAUUUGUAAAAAUGGGCUACUGUGUGUAGAUUAAUGAGAGGAUUUAAAAAAAAGUUUUAUAAUAAGGCUAACGUAAUAAAAUGUGGAAAAAGUCAA